CCCGGCCCCUCUGCUGGUGGCUGGGAGAAGUUAGUCACCCGGAGCCCGAACCCGACGAGCGUCCCAGCGGGCAGAGGCCGGGGAGUGAGGAGGGAGGAAACCCGGUACCCGGGCGGCUGGGAGGAGGCGAGAAGAGCGCGGGGCGAGGGGGCGCACGGGAAGCCCAAAGCCCUCGGCUGGUGGAUGGAGUUGCAAGGUCUUCGAGACCGGAGCGCACGGGAGUGCGAAGAGGAAAAACUUGCGGCAGGAACUUCCUACCGAGGGAAAGAAAAGCAGGAGAGAAGGAGGCAGGGAGAGACUUGAAAUGUCUCAGUAACUUUAAAAACACACCAAAACACCCCUUGCAAGAGAUGAGGAUGGCAUGCCGCUAUAAAUUCAUUGUUCCACCUCCUCGCAUCUUCACAGCGCUCGCGCUGCUCUCGGCGCUCGCAGCGGCCGACUGGGGAUGACCGCGGGCAGGAAGACACUGCAUCCGAAGGAGCACGGACGCGCCGCUUCACUGGCUCCCCGCAGGCCGCCCCUUGCACUUUUUGUUUUAAUUUUAUGGCUUUUUUUCUCUCUUUCUUCCCUUCCUCCUGGUUCCAGUAGAGUCAAGGAAACCCACAAAAUAAGAAAGGAAGUGGGCUCCAGAGCUUGGAACCCCCGCCGCCGGCGAGUCCAGAGCAGCAAGGGGCGGGAGGCAUCGCGCACCGGUUGCCCGCCUGGUGCGCGGCACCAUCCUUACUUUUCUUCGUGCCGCGAUAGUGGUUGCACUUGGGGUUGGAUUUAGGUUGUUGUUGUUGUUGUUUUCCCCCUUUCCUCGUAUUUGCGGAACCUCCACAACCCGGCUUUUCUCUUCUUAAUUUUUUCCCCUUUUUUUCCGGAGCACGAAUCCAAACAUUUUCCAAACCAACAAAGAAAAGUUCGCACGCUGGCACUGAGGCUGGGACAGGCUGGCGCUGCCGCCGGGUCCCCCUCCUUCCGACACUUGACUCAACCUUGCAAGCGUGUGUGUGCCCCCACCUCCCGCCCCGGUAACUUCCAUAGCGAAUAACAAAUACCCAUAAAGUCCCCGUCGCGCAGCCCCUCCCUGCGGGCAGCGCACUAUGCUGCUCGGGUGGGCGUCCCUGCUGCUGUGCGCGCUCCGCCUGCCCCAGGUCGCGGUCGGCCCCGCCGCGGCACCUGCCCAGGAUAAAGCCGGGCAGCCUUGGGCUGCUGCAGCGGCCGCCCAGCCCCGCCGGCGGCAGGGGGAGGAGGUGCAGGAGCGGGCCGAGCCUCCGGGCCACCCGCACCCCCUGGCGCCGCAGCGCAGGAGCAGCGGGCUGGUGCAGAACAUCGACCAGAUCUACUCCGGCGGCGGCAAGGUGGGCUACCUCGUCUACGCGGGCGGCCGGAGGUUCCUGCUGGACCUGGAGCGGGAUGGUUCGGUGGGCGCCGCUGGCUUUGUGCCUUCAGGAAGCGGGCCGAGGGCGACCCGGCGCCACGGGGACCACUGCUUCUACCGCGGUACGGUGGACGGCAGCCCACGCUCCCUGGCUGUCUUUGACCUCUGCGGUGGUCUCGACGGCUUCUUCGCGGUUAAGCACGCGCGCUACACCCUGAAGCCGCUGUUGCGCGGGCCCUGGGCCGGGGCCGGGGCCGAGGUCGAGGCCGGGCGAGUGUACGGGGAUGGGUCCUCGCGGAUCCUGCACGUCUAUACCCGCGAGGGCUUCAGCUUUGAGGCCUUGCCGCCGCGCACUAGCUGCGAGACUCCCGCGUCCCCGCCAGGGCCUCGCGGGCGCCCCCCGGCGCCCAGCAGCCCAGACCGACGCUGGGCGCUGGCCCCGCAGUUCCUGGACCAGUCAGCUCCCUCCUCCGACGGGGGCCAGGGACCCCAGACGUGGUGGCGGCGGCGGCGCCGCUCCAUCUCCCGGGCCCGCCAGGUGGAGCUUCUCCUGGUGGCUGACGCGUCCAUGGCGCGCAUGUAUGGCCGGGGCCUGCAGCAUUACCUGCUGACCCUGGCCUCCAUCGCCAACAGGCUGUACAGCCAUGCCAGCAUCGAGAACCACAUCCGCCUGGCCGUGGUGAAGGUGGUGGUGCUGGGUGCCCAGGACAAGAGCCUGGAGGUGAGCAAGAAUGCGGCCACCACGCUCAAGAACUUUUGCAAGUGGCAGCACCAGCACAACCAGCUGGGGGAUGACCAUGAGGAGCACUACGACGCGGCCAUCCUGUUUACGAGAGAGGUAAGUCCAACCUGCCUGGGUGAUCCAGGCGCUGGUGCAAGGAGGUAGGUGGAGGUCCAGCCUUGCUCACGGCCUCGCUUCUCGCACAGACCUCCUGCCACUACGGAUGUGCUUCACUGCUCCUUGCAGGAAACCCAGCCAGCCUUCAGCCCUGCUCCGGUAGUCAGGGUCUCCCAGCAGCAAUUCCUGCCUUAAAGGACUAGCCGUGCACUGACAAUCCAUCAAUCAGGCAGGAUGUCUCUAGUCUGAGACAUGGUGUCCUAGAUGCACAAACGGAUAAGAAGGGACUGGAAUGCUUGGGAAAAGGUACAUAGCUAAAUGGGAAGAGGGGGAAGGCAAGGUUGUCUUUGGAAUGGAAGAUCUCUCUCUCUCUCUCUCCCCCUUCCUUUCUUUCUUGUUUUUGUGGGGGAGAUCAUCUACUUGCCAGUGAACCUCAAUAUACAACUUUGUCCAACCUAAUGGGAAGGGUUUUGUUGGUUCAUUCAUUGUAGUCACUUUUAUCCACACCUUUCCUUUGUAAAGGUCCAUACCUUCUUCCUUGAACCACUUCUGUGACAUAAGUUGAGGAAAAACUUUCCAAAGGAAGGACUCUUUUUCCCAAUCUGGCUUUUUAAUGGAGUUCUUACAUGUCCACCUGGUGGAAUUUCAGUUUCCGGGAAGGAGGGAAUUCAGGAGGGCAGGGAGGUAGGGAGGAUAUGGAAACCUAAUCCUGUCAGGUUCCUUAGCAACUCCUCUGCCUAGCCCUCCAAUGCACCACAAGCACUGUUGGUCCCUCCAGAGCUGCCAGGGAAGGGUCACAUCCAGCUUGCAUGUUUGGGGUUUGGAUGAAUAUGUUUCUGAAGCCCCAGUGUGGAAAGAUCUGGGCAAAGAGUCAAGACAUGAGGAAGGAAUGUUUGCCCAGGAUUUCCCUCUUUUAAGGAAGAUGGUUACAGGAAGGGAAAAAAACUGAUCUUUAUAGGCCCAGAGGUUCUGGGAAGAACACAAUAUCUAUUUGCUCAAUCAUUCCAUCACCGCGCUAAGUGUGACUUUCAGACACAGAGUCUGGGCUGGUUUGGAGCCUUGGCUUGCUCAGAGCUCUGAGCCUACUUCAUGACUCUCCUCUGAUUGGCAGCU